UUCACUCCUCAGAUGGCUGCAACAGCUGGAUCUGGGCUGAUCCAGAGCCAAGAGCUACUUCUGGGUCUCCCUUAUGGGAGCAGUGGUCCAAGGACUUGAGCCAUCUUCUACUGCUUUCCCAGGCCAUAGCAGAGAGCUGGAUCGGAAGUGGAGCAGCUGGGACUCAAACUGGCGCUCAUAUGGAUGUUGGCACUGCAGGAGGCAGCUUUACCUGCUACGCCACAGCCUCGGCCCCCAGGGUUGUGUUUUUAUUCUAGAGGCCUCAUGUUAAAAAGUAUUUGUUCAUCACUCAUUCAACAAGUGAUUAUUAAGCACCAACAUGGUAGGCAUUGAGCCAAGGCAGUUCAAAUUCAGAAAGCAUCAUCUAAUGCUAUGAGGAUGCUGCAGUUGUAAAGGUAGCAUCAUAGGGAUGUGACUGACAUUCUCCCUCUCCAGGAAGAUGGACGUGGAGGUAAGUGGACCGAUAGACUUUAGUGCCGGAGAUUAUCAGCAUCUGGUUCGGAAAGCAGCAGACAAGAGCGUCCAGUCCAAAUCUGGCAAGCCCUCCACUUCCAGUUACCCACAAGAAGCUCAGAGGAAUCCACGCUCCAAGACCAACGAGCCAAAGAAUAGCUACGUGGUACAAAUUUCAGAUGACACCAACGCAGAGAGCAGCAACAGGACUUCAUCCAGUCCAUUCUCUGACAGAAACGUCCGCAGAGCUUUCAUUGUGAAAGUGUUCCUCAUCCUGUCAGCUCAGUUGUUAGUCACUGCGUUAAUUAUCAGCCUGUUCCUCUUCUGGCAGGCUCUGAAAACUUGGGUGCUUGAAAACCCCUGGUUCACCUAUGCAAUCUUCCCAGCAUUUUUCGCCGUACUGAUUAUCCUGGCUUGCUGUGGGAACCUGCGCAGGCAGGUGCCUGCCAAUUACAUUCUCCUGGGAUUCUUCACAUUUCUUCAAGGGCUGCUCCUGGGAGCCGUAUCAGUCUAUUAUAAGGCAGAGGAAGUGCUGUGGGCAACAGCAGCGACCACUCUGGUGACAUUAGCGCUCACUUUAUUCGCUCUCCAAACAAAAUGGGAUUUCACUCUGCUCAACGGGGUGCUGUUUGUUUUCCUCUUUGUACUGAUGGCCUACGGGAUCAUCUUAAUCUUCGUCCGAUCGUAUUGGCUGCAUCUGCUGUAUGCUGGACUAGGAACUCUGAUCUUCUCAUUUUACUUGGUGAUGGAUGUGCAGCUGAUGGUGGGGGGGCGCCAUAUUCAUUCCGACCUGGACCCCGAAGAGUAUGUGUUCGCUGCCCUGAACAUCUACCUGGACAUCAUCAACCUUUUCCUCUUCAUUCUGCAACUGAUUGGUCUGGGCCGGUAGUCAUGAGGCCAAGGCUGCUUGUGCUGAGAAGAGGGAAGGAGGGGGCACCUGUGAGGUCCUGCCAGGCUCAGACAUGCAGAGGCGACCACUCAUGAGCCCUUCAGUUUUAAAAAAAUUUAAGAAUUCUUAUUUUUCUGUCAAAGACACCAAGUGUUCAGUAGAUGGUAGCUAUAACUGUUGUAUUUUUAAUUCCGUUGUCACAUAGCAAGACUUUCUGAUGUCUCCAAUUUCCAGGAUGUACACCGUAAUCAUAUUCUCAUAAACAUUUGUAAGAUGCUCAUUAGUUUGUUAAAGUUUUCUAGGCACUAGUGGAAACUGUAAACGUGAAUAAAGUGGGUUAAAAAACCUA